UCAACCCCUUUCUACUAGAAGAAAAAGAAAAAGAAAAAAAGAUAAGAAAAAUGGCGUUUGGGCUUCCUCUCCUUUGCUCUCAAGUGCCAUCUCUAUCUUCCACCUUCUCUUCUGCUUCUUUCAAACCUAACAAGCUUUCCAAAUUCCAGAUGGCCUUGAGCCUUCCAUCAAAACCCAAGAAAAUAGAGAGGAAGUUGCACAAAGGAGGUGAUAAUAGAACAAAGUACUACAUGACAAAAGAGAAGCUAGAAAUUUUCAAGUGUUUGGAAGGAUGGGCAGAGGAAAACAUGCUGACAUUCUUAAAAAGAGUGGAGGAUUCAUGGCAACCUCAAGACUUCCUCCCUGACGCCUCAUCAGAAAGCUUCAAAGAUGAAGUGCAGGAUUUAAAGAGCAGAGCUGAGGCAGUUCCAGAUGAGUGUUACGUUUGCCUGGUUGGCAACAUGAUCACUGAAGAAGCCCUUCCCACCUACCAGAGUAUCCUCAAUAGGUUCACUGGAGUUGAAGAUGAGACAGGAGCCAGCAUGACAUCCUGGGCCAGAUGGACCAGAAGCUGGACUGCAGAAGAGAACCGUCAUGGUGAUCUUCUUAACAAGUACCUCUAUUUAACUGGAAGGUUGAAUAUGAAACAGAUAGAGAAAACCAUUCACUAUCUUAUCUCUUCUGGCAUGGACAUACAAGCAGAGAACAGUCCAUAUAUGGGAUUCAUUUACACUUCGUUCCAAGAAAGAGCUACAUUUAUAUCUCAUGGGAAUACGGCGAGGCUUGCUAAUGUUCAUGGAGAUGCAACACUUGCUAAAAUAUGUGGAACCAUUGCUGCAGAUGAGAAGAGGCAUGAGAUGGCUUACACAAAGGUUGUUGAGAAACUAUUUGAUGUUGAUCCAGACAUGACAAUGGUGUCAUUGGCUGAGAUGAUGAGGAAAAGGAUAGUCAUGCCUGCUGUGUUACUGUUUGAUGGGCAAGAUGAGAAGCUUUUUGAGCAUUACUCUGCUGUUGCAGAGAGGAUUGGUGUUUAUACCAGCAAAGAUUAUGGAAAUAUCUUGGAGUUCUUUGUGAAGAGGUGGAAGGUUGGAGAGAUCACUGGGUUGUCUCCGGAGGGGAGAAAGGCUCAGGAGUAUGUGUGUAGGCUUGUUGAGAGGGUAAGGAAAUUGGAAGAGAGAGCACACAAGAGGAGUUUGAUGACUAAGAGUUCACAUGCUAAUGCCAUGCCUUUUUCUUGGAUUUUCAAUAGAGAAGUUGAGGUUUAAUUAAUUAACUAAUAGUUUAUAGUUAUAUGUGAGGUUUAAUUUUAGUGGUCUCAGGCUAUGCCUUUUCUCAUUGACUCAGUGUUGGCAAGGCUCUUGCCUUUUAAAAUGUUACAGGUUUAAUAGCUUAUUUAUGAACAUCUCUUGUUCAUCAACCUAUUAUAUUUAUAAAAGUUUGGGCGUCUAGAAUUAUAUAUAGCAGUUACUUUA